GAGCCGUAAAAGUUGGUCGUACUAUGAACUUUAGUGCCACCAGUUAGCUAUGUAGGGAAGAUCGAUGUGCAUCAGUAGCCACCAUAGUAGCACAGUAGCAUCAGUUCAUCGGUGCUUGGUCGCCAUGUGCGAACAUAUGUUUUGGUAGUUACUUGCCCCGAGUAACUGUACUUUGCAAGGAUGAGGCGUCUGGCAUUGCAGCUGAAUGAAUGGAUAUACUGCUCAUGAGUACAGUCAUGAUAUCCAGUGCAGCCACCCAGGCGUACACCAUGCGCAACAUUUCCCUUCCGGGCUUUUUUGGAGACACAACGUGCGAUGUUUGGAAGCAACCGCAGCAUGUGCUAUUUCAGCUGGCCAACACCUGCUUCUGCGUAUCCUAUCUGGCACCUAAUGGUCGUUACGGGAUAUUGUUUUUACACGCCCUUCUCAUUUUAGGCUUUCUGCUCAAUUCCACAUGGGCAUGGAAUGUAAUAUGUGCUCCAGACAUGUUCUCUUGGAGCUUCAGUUUCAUGAUACUCAACAUGGUGCAAACCAUGUUCCUUCUCUACACCAUGAGACAGGUCAAGUUUCCCAGGGAACUGGAAGAUAUAUACGUCCUCAUGUUUCAGCCUUUGCAAGUACCACGACUGCUGUUCAAGAAAUUGGUGAGCCUGGAGUAUGCCCAAAUAUGUAACCUUCAUGCUGGAGAAGCUUAUGCCAUGCAAAACUUGACAAAGACUGAUCGCUUGGGACUUUUGAUUGCUGGAAAGGUCAGCGUACUGACAGACCAUCAUUUUUUACACUAUAUACAUCCCCGUGAGUUCUUGGAUUCUCCCGAAUUUGAGUCUACUCGGUCUGGCGUUGAUGACAAAUUCAAGGUGUCUAUACUGGCUGUGACCCCUUGCCGAUACCUGUUCUGGCAGCGUUCCAACCUGGAGUACUUGCUUAUCAAGGAGCCUCAGCUGGCAACUGUUGUGUCGCUGCUGAUUGCUCGGGACAUCACUUCCAAGCUGUAUGCUAUGAAUGAAAAGAUUGUCACAGAGAAAGGCUCACAUUUAGAUAUUCGCCUUCCAAGUGUGACUGGUUCAAUGACUUAUCGUGGACAGCUGUCAUCAUCAAGUCAAGCAAACUCUAUCACCUGUUCUUUGAAUGCUUACAAGUACAACGAAGUAUACACAAGUCAACAGACACUUGUGCGAGAAACCAAGAAGAGACUUAGAAGAUCACGUAAAUGGAAAGCAUCCUCUGAAUAAGAGUGACAUUCUGCAUGUCCAUACUACGUCAAAGAAG